AUGGCAGAACAUCUGGAGCUUCUUACACAUGAUUUCAAAUCUGUGAAGCAAGUUAAAACACUAUUAGAGCAAAACAAUGCGUUUAUCAAACCAAUGACUACUGAAAAUGGCGCGAAAGUGAUUAAGACUACACUUACUGCUGAUAGCGCCUUACUGACCGAUAUUCUUAACCGCUACAGCGGCAUUGAAACACGACCAUACGCACAUGACGCCGCUGAAACCGAGAAUGGGAUCACAGGCUUUACUAUGAAUUUCUUUCUAAGUCACGGAUUGCCGAAGCAACACUGCGAGGAGCUCGUGAAUCAUUUGCCGCUACGCUAUACGAUUUACAAACCAUUGAUAUUGUUCAACAACUCCAACCAGCGCAGCUUUAUGCUCGCUUGCUGGGAAAGCGCCUUCAAACUUGUUAAAAAACACGAAUACUUUGAGGCGAUGCUACAACAGCAGUUCCCACAGUGCACUCAUGUCGCAGUUAACAUGCCGAUAGUCGAGGAGGAUGUAAUGCGUCGGCCAUUUAACAUAGUAGCCUUACAUGGGACGCUGUUUGACGGCGAACUACGCGCAACCACCUGGAGUGCCCCGUCAUCUCAGGAUUUCAACAACACACUGUGGUGCCAUGUUGUGCAGAAUGGCAUCCACCAAGUGUGGGCCCCCACCUUUACUAUGUUCAGCCGCGGUAACAUCAAGGAGAAGAAACGCAUUUUAGAUAAUUACGAUGACAUAAGUGGCCACGACGUAGUUGACCUGUAUGCCGGAAUCGGUUACUUUACAUUGAGCUAUUUAAAACGAGGCGCACGCCGGGUCUUCUGCUUCGAACUAAAUCCCUGGAGUACAGAAGGUUUAAGGCGUGGUGUGCUCCUUAACAGGUUUGAGGGCAAGUGCCACAUUUAUCAAGAAUCGAAUGAGAACUGUGAGGAACGCUUACGCGCCUUCCAACGCGAUCAUAACGGCGGCGACCGUUUGCAAAUCCGACACAUUAACCUAGGCCUCUUACCGACUAGCGUGCCUGGCUAUCCAAUCGCUCUACGAGUGAUCCGCGAGUACAGCUCUUUGCCCUUAACAACUUUACACAUUCACGAGAACGUUCAUGUGGCUGAGCUACAAAACGGAGCCUUUGUUGAGCUGACGUUACAACGGCUACUCCGCAUCGAUGCCAGUUACAAUUACACACCAAGGCAUGUGGAAAAAAUCAAGACAUUUGCUCCCGACAUCUGGCACGUCUGCCUAGACCUUGACGUUCAUAAACUAUCCUCUUGA